AUGGAUGAUUUUGUCUGUGGUCUGUGCGAGGAGCUUCUCUCCAAUCCUGUAUACACGGGCUGUUGCGGGGCAAACUUUUGUAAGAAGUGCAUAGAGAGCCCUAUCAAUGAUAGAUCCUGCCCGGAAUGCGAGGCCACUAACGUUUCCUAUGUCCAAGACCGUCGACUGCAAAAGAGAAUGAGGGAGACCAUGGUUGCUUGUAAGAAUAGGGCCAAAGGAUGCAUCUGGUCUGGCUCUAUCCUCCAACAUGCUGACCAUCUUGAUGAAGAUGGGGAGGAUGGCUGCCCGUUUGUCCUGGUAAGUUGUCCAAAGAAUUGUGGGGCAGUUAUAGAGCGAGGAGACCUCAGGGAUCACCUAAAGGCCAAGUGCAAUGUGACUUGGGUCGAGUGUGAGUAUUGCAAUGUGCUUGUCCCUUCGACUGGGAUAGAGAACCAUCUCUCGAGGGCCUGCCCUGAAUAUUCCUAUCCAUGCCCUAAUGGUUGCUCUGAAGUAGUCAAAAGAGUCGACAUGGUCCAGCAUCGUUCAUCUUGUCCUUUGGAGCUGGUUAGGUGUCCGUUUGAGGAGGUCGGGUGUGACGUGAAGUCACUGAAAAGGUCCCAGCUACAAGAGCAUUUGGAGAGCAGGCAAGUCAUGCAUUCCGUUUCUGCUGUUACUUCUGUGAGACGUGACAUUAAAGCCUUACAGGAUCAGUUACGAAUAGCAAAUGAAGAGAGAGAGAGGCAAAGCAAAGAGAUUGAUGGGCUACAGAAAGUCUACACAGCUGCUAAGACAGAGCUGGAAGUGGUAAAAGAAAAGAAUAUGGUCCUCUCUUCGUCAAUAGCACAAGAACUUGUUUACGUUUCUGAGCAGCCUCACAACUCUAAGGUUAAAACUCUCUCUCUCUCUUGCUUGAAAGAUCAACUAAACUACCUCACGAACCCCAUGCUACACAAACUAGUCCCAAAUGGGCCUCCGAUAACAUUCCGAAUGCCCAACUUCUCUCAUCUUAAAAGAGCCGAGACAACGUUUCAGAGUAUGCCAUUCGUUGUACACAACGGCUAUCAAAUGGCAGUUGUCAUACAUCCUAAUGGCCACGGUGAUGGCCAGUCCACCCAUUUAUCCAUUUGCCUCCACCUGGUGUCGGGUCACUACGAUGAUGAGCUACAAUGGCCACUGCAUUUUGAGGACGAGGUCUAUGCCACACUCAUGAAACAAGACACGGGCGAGCCAGUAAAAGGGCGUGGGAGAAAGGGCUCUGACUUAAACCCAGGUCCAUUCAUAGUACAAGAAAGGAUAAGAGUAUUAGUACACUUGCUACAUAAGAUAAACAAGCCAAUAGGAGAGCACGGGCUGGCAUUUGGCUACAUUGACCUCUUCUGUGCUCAGAGUACAAUUGAAACUGGACCUGCUAUAUGUAAUGACUCUUUAGUGUUUCAGCUAAAUAUUAAACCUAGUCGCACUGGGGCAACUAGAAUGUAG